CAAAGCCGAGCUGCUAGCCAUUGUUCUUUUAUAGGCGACACUUGUCGCCAUCUGCAUGUACAUAGUUGAACUUGAAUUGAAACCCAAGUCAAGCCAGUCUCUCUUCUUCCGCCGAUUGUACCCCGUUGAGAUAAUUCGGAAAUGGCCGGAGAGAACGGCAAGAGAGGAAGAGCUUGCGUCGUCGUUUUGGGAGAUAUCGGCCGCAGUCCUCGUAUGCAGUAUCACGCCCUUUCCCUUGCUCGUCAGGCAUCUUUUGAGGUUGACAUUGUUGCCUAUGGAGGUUCCGAACCCCAUUCUGCUCUAUUGGAGAAUAAAUCUAUUAAUAUAUACAAAAUGAAGCAAUGGCCUACUAUUCCACGCGGUCUACCCAAGAUCUUUAAACCUUUUGUGCUUUUGAUUAAACCGCUGAUUCAGUUCUUUAUGCUUCUUUGGUUUCUCUGUUUUAAGAUAGCUGCACCUGAUGUGUUCUUAGUACAGAAUCCACCUUCUGUUCCAACAUUGAUAGCUGUAAAAUGGGCGAGUUGGCUAAGGGGUUCUGUAUUUAUUAUUGAUUGGCAUAAUUUUGGAUACACAUUAUUGGCACUAUCCCUUGGAAGAAGUAGUCGAUUUGUGGCAUUAUAUCGUUGGUUUGAGAGGUAUUAUGGGAAGAUGGCAAAUGGUUCUUUGUGCGUCACCAGGGCAAUGCAACAUGAGUUGGCCCAGAAUUGGUCUAUUAAAGCCUCAGUUUUAUAUGAUCAACCUCCUGAGUUUUUCCAUCCUGCUACCCUUGAGGAAAAGCACAAGCUGUUUUGUAGAUUGGAUAAAGAUCUUAGCCAGCCUCAUGGCUUUUGUGAUUGUGCCACCAUUGGGACUGGAGGACUUUUGCAGAGGGAAUUAGAUGAUAAUUUAUUUAGCAAUCUAAUCGGCACUGAUAUUGUUUCAAAACCAAACAGGCCGGCACUCAUUGUUAGCAGUACCAGUUGGACUCAAGAUGAAGAUUUUGGAAUUCUCUUGGAAGCAGCUGUGAUGUACGACAGACGUGUUUCUGCCAUCUUAGGUGAAGAGGAUAAAUCUGUUGAAGAAGAGGAUGUUUGGAAUGAAAUGUGGAGUGGAAAACAAUAUUUGUAUCCUAGGCUGCUAUUUGUCAUUACAGGUAAAGGACCAGAAAAACAAAAAUAUGAAGAAAAGAUAAAAAGGUUACGUCUCAAACGCGUUGCAUUUCGUACCAUGUGGCUAUCAGCUGAGGAUUAUCCACUGCUCCUUGGAUCAGCAGACCUUGGCGUGUGCUUGCAUACUUCUUCAUCAGGACUGGACCUUCCCAUGAAGGUUGUGGACAUGUUUGGUUGUGGGCUGCCUGUUUGUGCUGUGUCGUACUCAUGCAUCAAGGAGCUAGUGACAGUGGAGAAAAAUGGUCUUCUUUUCUCAUCGCCAUCAGAGCUAGCUGAUGAACUUUUGCAUCUGUUCAAGGGUUUUCCAGAUGCAUGUGAUGCACUUAAAUGUCUGAGGAAUGGUGCUUUAGAAACGGGAUCUUUGGCGAGGUGGGAUGUUGAGUGGGAAGAGAAAGCCAAGCCAUUGAUAUCAGAGGUAAUCUCCCGAAAUGCUGAUUGAGAUUUGGGUUGUGGUGGUCUCAUUAAAUUGUGAUGAAUAGCAAAUUGUUUGAUAGAGGCUUCUCUGGACUUGCUGAACCAAAGAGAUAAGGAAGCAUAGCUCUCAUUUUGCUCUACUGGUAUAUCAUCUGAUGACAACUAUGCAUAUGUAACUCUAUGCCAAAAGCAGGAAAAGUUUGUUAUAUUUAUCAUUUUUUAUUUUAUUUUUUGACCAAUUUAAAGGUUAUUCACAAAAAAGAAAAAAUAAAAUAAUAUUUGAUUGUAAGUUGUCAUUAAUAAUUUAAUAUGGUUGUAAUCACACUUAUUAUAUAGUGAUAAUUUUAUUGUGAGUGAUUAAUUAUUACUUUUUGUUACAAUCUAAUAAAAAAAAAAAAUUGAUUAAAAAA